CCGCGGCUGUCUGCGGGGUCUGGUGCCGGGGGCAGAGUCUCUGCUGCCUCAGCCGCCGCCUCAGCCGCCUCAGCCUCGCCCUCCGCCCUCGCUCUCCCUCCGCGCCGUCCGACCCCGUAGCCCCGCGCGCCCCCAGCCCUUCAAGCCAGAUGAUGAACUUCCUGCGGCGCCGGCUGUCGGACAGCAGCUUCAUCGCCAACCUGCCCAACGGCUACAUGACCGACCUGCAGCGGCCCGAGCCCCAGCAGCCGCCGCCGCCCCCCGGCCCGGGCGCGGCCUCGGCCUCGGCUGCGCCCCCGACCGCUUCGCCGGGCCCGGAGCGAAGGCCGCCGCCCGUCUCGGCGCCCGUGCCGCAGCCCGCGCCGACGCCGUCGGUGGGCAGCAGCUUCUUCAGCUCGCUGUCCCAAGCUGUGAAGCAGACGGCCGCCUCGGCUGGCCUGGUGGACGCGCCCGCGCCCGCGCCCGCCGCCGCGAGGAAGGCCAAGGUGCUGCUGGUGGUCGACGAGCCGCACGCCGACUGGGCCAAGUGCUUUCGGGGCAAAAAAGUCCUUGGAGAUUAUGAUAUCAAGGUGGAACAGGCAGAAUUUUCAGAGCUUAACCUGGUGGCCCAUGCAGAUGGCACCUAUGCUGUGGAUAUGCAGGUUCUCCGGAAUGGCACAAAGGUUGUCCGGUCCUUCCGGCCAGACUUCGUGCUCAUCCGGCAGCAUGCAUUUGGCAUGGCGGAGAAUGAGGACUUCCGCCACCUGAUCAUUGGCAUGCAGUAUGCAGGCCUCCCCAGCAUCAACUCACUGGAAUCCAUAUACAACUUCUGUGACAAGCCAUGGGUGUUUGCCCAGCUGGUCACCAUCUACAAGACACUGGGAGGAGAAAAGUUCCCUCUCAUUGAGCAGACAUACUACCCCAACCACAAAGAGAUGCUGACACUGCCCACGUUCCCUGUGGUGGUGAAGAUUGGCCACGCUCACUCAGGCAUGGGCAAGGUCAAAGUGGAAAACCACUACGACUUCCAGGACAUUGCCAGUGUGGUGGCUCUUACCCAGACCUAUGCCACUGCAGAGCCUUUCAUUGACUCCAAGUAUGACAUCCGGGUCCAGAAGAUCGGCAACAACUACAAGGCUUACAUGAGGACAUCGAUCUCAGGGAACUGGAAGACGAACACUGGCUCUGCAAUGCUGGAGCAGAUCGCCAUGUCAGACAGGUACAAACUGUGGGUGGACACCUGCUCUGAGAUGUUUGGCGGCCUGGACAUCUGUGCCGUCAAAGCUGUACAUGGCAAAGAUGGGAAAGACUACAUUUUUGAGGUCAUGGACUGUAGCAUGCCACUGAUUGGGGAACAUCAGGUGGAGGACAGGCAACUCAUCACCGAACUAGUCAUCAGCAAGAUGAACCAGCUACUGUCCAGGACUCCUGCCCUGUCUCCUCAGAGACCCCUAACAACCCAGCAGCCACAGAGCGGAACACUUAAGGAUCCGGACUCAAGCAAGACCCCACCUCAGCGGCCACCCCCUCAAGGGGGCCCUGGGCAACCCCAAGGAAUGCAGCCCCCAGGCAAGGUGCUGCCUCCACGCCGGCUCCCCCCUGGACCAUCACUGCCACCUUCCUCCUCUUCCUCCUCCUCUUCCUUCUCCUCGGCUCCUCAGCGGCCGGGCGGCCCCACCACCCACGGAGAUGCACCCUCCAGCAGCAGCUCCCUGGCAGAGGCCCAGCCACCCCUGGCUGCUACACCACAGAAGCCCCAGCCUCACCCACAGCUCAACAAGUCGCAGUCCCUGACAAAUGCCUUCAGCUUCUCUGAGUCCUCCUUCUUCCGGUCUUCAGCCAAUGAGGAUGAAGCCAAAGCGGAGACCAUCCGGAGCUUGAGGAAGUCCUUUGCCAGCCUCUUUUCAGAUUAGCUCUUCAGACACACGGGGAACCCCCGGCCCAACCGGGAAAGGCAUCUAAGACAUUCACCAACAACAGUCAGCCAGCUUGGUGGUGAUGUCCCAUGACCUUGAUGUGUGUGGUCCCUUCCUCUGCUCUGGUGUGCUAAGUGAUGUUGUGCAGCCCAGAAAGGACCAUGUGACAGUCUCAGGGCAGGUGCCUACCCAGCAAGGGGUACCUGGCAUCAGAGAGGAAAGAGCUGCUUCCCUGUAGUCAUGAGAGCUUCCUUCUGAAGUCAUCGUUUGCUAUAAGUUUAGUGGCCUUAUUGUGACAGUGCCAUCAUGUCUUAUUCUUCCCUGUGAAACUAGGAUUAAUCGUGAACUCCUGACAGCUUAACGUAGCUCAGUUGCAGUGCUAAGCAUGCCCUGCCCCCAUUCAGUGAUACCUGUUUGGGAAGUGUAUACUUCCCCAAAAGUACUCUUGGCCCUAAGUUUUGGGAACUUUCCCCAUCCUGGAUCCCUUGUCAUACCUGUGUUACUAUGUAAAGCACACCCACCCAACUUAAAAGAUCUUAGGCUGCUGUGGUGGUGAAGCACCUUGAGUCUGCUGAUAUUCGGGAGAACAAGGAUCUGCAGUUUUCCCUUUUCUUCCCUCUGAAGAGUGGUUCUUAUGUGCAAUCUGCAGUAACCUUGAACUCCAGAGCUGCACUAUAGAGGAGAAUGCAUGCCACUAUGACAGCAGUAUGCCAAGCUUUGUGUUCAUCUCCUAAUAAAUGUUAAGACCUUUGGUGUAAUAAAA